AUGGGCGCCGCGCUGGCGGCCGUGGCCGGCUGCUGCGCGCUGGGGGCGGAGGGCGCGUAUGUUCGGAGCGAUUCCUACGUGGGGGCGGACUUCAUAUCACGCUGGACCUUCUGGGACGACCCGGACCCGACGCAUGGAUUCGUUGAUUACGUCGAUCAUGCGACCGCUGGGGACGCAGGCCUUGUACAGGUGGCCGAGACCCACGUCUACCUGGGUGCAGACAUGCAGACGGUAGUGAAGGGCAAGACUGGCCGCCGCUCCGUGCGCAUCCAGUCCAAGGCGGUAUACAACGAGGGCCUCUUCGUGCUGGCCGUGGACCACAUCCCCACUGGCUGCGGCACCUGGCCGGCCUUCUGGAUGUACGGCGAGGACGACGCACACACCUGGCCGAGGUGGGGCGAGUACGACAUCAUAGAGGCAGUCCACACGGACACGCGGGCGAAGACCACCCUGCACACGAGGCAGAACUGUGACCAGUCGAGUGUGCACGAGGGUUUGGACUUUACCAGCAGCUGGGCGUUGGGCUCGGGUCCCGACCCCGCGAACAACUGCUACAUAGGUGCCGAAGGAUGGGGCCAGUGGUUUAACCAAGGCUGCUCUCAAGAGGGCCCGCAAGACACCGUUGGCGCUGGCUUCAACGCUGGUGGUGGCGGCACGUUCACCGCCGAGUGGAACCCAGUGUCCAGGCACAUCAGGACCUGGUUCUGGCCCUCGGGAACGGAGCCUCCCGACUUGCAGGAUGGCGAGCCGGACCCAGACACGUGGGGCAAGCCGUACUCGUUCUUCAGCCUGGACCCCGUCAGCUGCUCGAAGGAUCAUUUCGAGAACAUGCGGUUGGUCUUCGACCUGACGUUCUGCGGCGAUUGGGCCGGCGCAACCUUCGCAGGUGCGUGCCCUCAGCACAACAUGACUUGCGAUGAGUUCGUCGCGAAGCACCCAGAGGCUAUGUCAGAGGCCUACUGGUCCAUUCGCGAGCUCAGCGUUUACACGCAAAGCGCGCAGGCACCAACGGGGUCUCCCACGGAGUCCCCAACGGAGUCCCCUACGACGCCAAUGGCACCCAAGCCGAGCCCGGCGCCCCCCGACGACGUCGCCGUCGUUCCCGUGUUCGGCUCCGCCCGGGCGCCCAGCCCCGCCACCGCCACGGCUUCGGCCCAGGCGACUGCUGCCACGAGCACCUCCGCAGCUGUCGCGGCCGUCCUCAGCCUGCCCCCUGCCGCCGUCACGACCACCGCGGAGAGCGCCCCGACCACGCCCAGCCAGCCGCCGGUCACAACCACGUCGACUUCAACGUCGCAUCCGACAGUGAGCGUCGUGCUGCGGGACAGCGCCCCGAGCCUGCGGCCCACGCCGGCGCCCGCCACGCCGGAGCACCCGGCCGUGGCGGUGCCCGAGAAAAGACCGGGGGGGGGAAUACCUGUCAAUGUUGGCCACACGGCGUCAUCUGGAGAUACCCGUUCACGGGCUCUUACGACGGUUGCGGUGUCGGUGGCGUUAUUGUCCAUGGUGGCUGCGGUUGCAAUCGGAUUUAUCUGGAAGAUGCGGCGGAGACGGCAAGCGCCGCGGUCUCGACCUGCCCUGCUUCGAGGAGGACGGACUCGUCGGACGACGACAGCUCGGACUCCAGCCCGGACAGCGGCGCGGAGCAGCCACGCGCCGCACGCACCGCCCAGGUGCCGCUCUGGCGCGGCGGCGACAGGAGGCCGCCCCGGCCGCCACGGCGGCUUCCGCGCCGCCCUUGCGCGGGCCCGACCUCGGGUCGGCGCCGGGCGGCGGCGGCGGCGGCCGGCCGCCGCCGAAGUGCCACUUUGGCGCGGCGACCACGGGAGACACGCGCCUCCCGUCCCCCCGUCGCCCAGCCACCGCUCGGCGCACCCUCCGCCCCCGGCGGCCGCUGCGCCGGGAGACGGAGCCAGACCUACGCCGAGUGCACCCACGCUCUUCCGAGCCAUAUCCUUACUCGCCAGCAGGUCCAGCAUCAUUCAUCUCUCACUGAGGCCGAAUAGGCAGGCCCUGGCCAUACGUUUCAUCAUCUGGUCAGGCGCGUUCGGCGCAGCCGGUCUUCAGAAUUCAGAUGUAGUGUAUGCUCUGCUGCUUUGGCUAUUGCUGCGUGUGCUGCCGAGAUGCGUCCGAGGGCCAUACGGCGAUUACCAGGGCGUGCGGUACGUUUGGACAUUCGAUGGCGCAGCACAUGGUUUGAUGGCGUCAUUUGCACAUCUCUCGCUCAUCACUCGAUGUAGCCAUCACGCUCCAGGCCCAAAGUGGCGCACUCCUACAUUGCAUCUCUGCCAUGUUCCAGCGAGCUCUGCAUCGGAAUUCGGCCAUGCACAUCUGAUAACGUUGGCGGCGGAGCUCGCCAGGAUGUGCUGCGUCCCUCGCGUGUAG